UCUCCAGUCUCUCACAUCUUUCCCUGUCUUAUGCCAGGCUCCUGCGUCUCACAACACAGAAUGACAGAGCACGAGGACUUCGUGAACUUGGCUGGGUACUGGAACUCCUCUGACAAUUACCAGUUCAGCCCUGCCAGGGUUAUUGUCCCUGUGGUCUUCUCCCUCAUCUUCCUCCUGGGCACAGUGGGCAACAGCCUGGUGUUGGCUGUGCUGCUGCGCAAUGGGCAGAGGGGCCACAACACUACCAACCUCUUCAUCCUCAACCUCAGCCUGGCCGACUUCUUCUUCAUCGUCUUCUGCGUGCCCUUCCAGGCCACCAUCUACUCCCUUGAGGGAUGGAUCUUUGGCUCCUUCAUCUGCAAGGCUGUCCAUUUCUUCAUCUACCUCACCAUGUAUGCUAGCAGCUUUACUCUGGCUGCUGUCUCUGUGGACAGAUACCUGGCUAUCCGUUAUCCACUGCGCUCCCGGGAGCUGCGGACCCCCCACAGUGCAGUGGCAGCCAUGGCUGUGAUCUGGGGCCUCUCUGUGGUCUUUGCUGGGCCCUACCUAAGCUACUACGUCCUGAUUGAGUGGGAGUCCAGCUACAUUUGCAUGCCUGGGUGGGAGGAGUGGAGACGCAAGGUCAUGGACACCAGCACGUUUGCCUUCGGCUACAUCAUCCCAGUGCUCGUCAUCAGCCUCUCCUACACCAGAACCAUCAAGUACCUGUGGACAGCAGUGGACCCUCUGGAGGACAUAUCAGAGUCCAGGAAGGCCAAGUGGAAGGUAACCAAGAUGGUCAUCGUUGUAACCAUCCUUUUCUGCCUGUGCUGGCUGCCCUACCACGUAGUCAUCCUCCGAUACCUCUAUGGAGACUUCCCCUUCAACCAGGCCACCUACGCCUUCCGCCUGCUCUCCCACUGCAUGGCCUAUGCCAACUCCUGCCUCAACCCCAUCGUCUAUGCCCUAGUCUCCAAGCACUUCCGCAAGGGCUUCAAGAAGGUUUUCAGCUGUCUCUUGAGAAAAAAGCACCACAAUAACGUACGUGUGGUGCAUGUUGCCGACAUUGUGCCUGGAUUUGGGGCAGCUCCCACUGAAGUGUCCCAGAUGCACAAGGAGAUUAAUAGGCAUGAGAUGGACCCAGCUUCCGUGGCAGUCCCUUCUGGUACCUCCAAGCCCCUUCAUAUUUCUUAGCGGCCAAACUCCAUUUGCCAGCUCAGCUCUGUCACCAACUUCAGGCCACUC